UCUUCUCCUGACACACAUCACAGCUUAAUUCGUGCACGGGGCUGGCUCUGUCACCUAGGCGCGUGCACACAGAAGGUGAAAACGAGGUUAUUUGUCCUCACGCUCAUCUCCCUCAUCUCCCUCAUGUUCGUCAUCCUCAGCAGCUUCAACACGAAGACAUCCUGCUGCUGCGCGCCCGCUCGGGAGCGCGCACACGCGACGUCUAGCGUGGACCUUUUGUCUGCCAAGGACACGCACGCGAAUCUGAUAGAACAACGUCACGUCAGGUAGGCCACGCGCAUACGCACACACAUCAACUUGAACGCCUCGUGGACAAAGCAAAAGAGCGGGAGCGUGUGUUUUUGGUGGUGCGUGCACGUACGCGCAUCCUUUCUCCCGCCAGCAGCGGCGCGUGCACGUCGUUUCGCGGCGGUCAUGGACGCGGGCAAGCUGGAGCAGCACGUGGCCAGCGUGCACAGAGGAAUAGUCUUCCUCAAACAGGAGCACGUGACACUGUUGGCUGGUCUGCACGUGGAGAUCACACACCUGAAGAGACGCUGCCAUGAGCUGAGUCGCGAGCUGGACUCCAGGUUCCCUGACAGAAUCACGACAGAGGAGGAGGCCGAGCUGGCGACACGCUGCCAGGCGGCACAGCAUCUCCUGGAGGAGCAGCAAUGCAUGAUGGUGGCCGCUCGCGGGGAGCUGCGCCUAGGACGGGCGCGGGCAUCGGAGCUGGGUCGAAGCCUGCGCGAGGAGGAGCGACACUUCUUGGAAGAGCUGAAGCGUCGCAGCCACAAGAUCACGGUGCUGAGUCGAGAGCUGCAGCGUCAGAAUGCUGCCACGUCCACACUGUACCAUCAGCUGCACGCCGCACGCGCCAAACUCGUACAGCAGCGGAGCAGCACAGGGGGCGCCCCCCCGGAGGAAGAGGAAAGAGGAGAGGAAGAGGAUGAAGAUGAGGGCGAGGCUGCAGACUGGCUCCUGACUCCGCCCCCUCCUGCCUCUCCCAGCCGCCCCUCAGCCAGGCACAGUAUAAGGGAGGAGCGGGUCCGAGCAUGCGUCCCUCAGGAGAGAGUGACAUCACCGCAGAGGCCACACCCCAUGCCUGACCCAGCCCUCUUCCUAGUGCCCCUCAGAUACCGCCUCCUCCGCUGGAGCCGGCCAAUCAGACUGCAGGAGGGGGAGGAUGACUGGGAAGACAUGGACGAGGACGGGUUGCACGGGAGGGUGGACAUGGGUACCACAGAGGGAGAGACGGCGCUGUGAUGAUGGCGAAUGGGUGGAGUCACCUUCCAGCCAUGCCUAAUUACACUGUAUCCACAAUUAUUAGGCAAUUUGCAUUAUCGAUUAUUAGUUUUAUUAUUUAACAAUAACAGUGCUCUUGGUCAAUCCAAAAUGUUAAUAAACCUCAACUUGAAUAUUUAAGGAA